CGCACUGUGCAGCAGCGAUGCGUCCAGCAGCAGCAGCGAGCGGGGUGGCUGCGUUUGUCACACCGCGUUACGAUGACGACGAGAUGGGCUCCGUAACUAUGCGCGGCGGCGAUAACGUGACGCCCGCAGCGACGACAAUGGACGUCGAACACUUCGUCUUCGUCGACUUUCAGCACGCCGCCAAGGAGACGGGCGUCAACUGUACGAAAUGGAUCGCCGCCUAUAUCUGCCUCAACGACACGGUGACGUUCGAAGGCGGCGGCGGUCUGGAGUGCGUGCGGCGGGAGGGACUCGGAGGCGAGGCGCCCGGCCUGGCGGCCUACACAUGGCUGCUGAUUACGAUGCUCGUUGUCGGCGUCGUCGGUAACCUGCUGAAUCUCGUCGCCUUGCGACAUCCGAUGAUGCACUUCCAGACGGGCAUGCACGUCUACCUGUCGGCGCUCGCCGUCAGCGACCUGUUCAUAAUCGUCUGCGUGGCGCCGUGCGUCUUCCAGGCGUUCGUCGUCGAUCACCUGCCGUUGUUCUACUCGCCGACGAUGGCCGUCAUGUUGAUGUGCUCCUACGCGCUGACGAUGACGUUCAAGGUCGCCUCGAACUUCAUCAUCGCCACGCUGUCGUGCAUGCGCUGUCUCGCCGUCUGGCAUCCGCUGCGCUUUAACGCCUCGAUGACGGUCGGCCGCGCCAAGCUGAGCGUCCUCAUCCUCUACGUCGCCUCGUGCGUCGUCAACCUGCCCCGAGUCACCGAGAUGCGCGUGCGCGACUGCGAGUACGGUGGUACCACCUACGGCGCGAUGUACUACACGAGCGUCGGCGCCAGCUGGUACUUCAGCGUGCUCUACUAUCUCCUGCUAGCGAUCGUCUUCGUGAUUCUACCGUUCGUCGUCAUCGCCGUGAGUAACGCCGUGCUGCUGUGCUGUCUGUGGCGGGCGCGGCGGCAGCGCGCGGGUCUGUACAGCGGCGAGCAGCGUGCGAGCGCCGAGUGUCGCAUCACGACUCUCAUGCUCGCCGCCACCGUCGUCUUCUUCGUCACCGAGCUGCCGCUGGCGACGUACGCGUUCGUGCGCGGGCUGCGCAUCGUCGCCGUCACGGACAGCAAUGCUAGCCGGCUGCUCGUCAACAGGCUAGCCGCCACGACGGGCUUCCUCAGCCUCUCGCACUCCGUCUUCAGCUUCGUACUGUACGGAUGCUGCAGCAAGCAGUUCCGAGCCGCGCUGAGAGCCAGCUGCUCGCACGCGCACCGGGUGUACGUCAGCGGACCGCACACGGCGACGUCGUCGCUUUCGCCCAUCGCCAGCGUUAGCGACGUGAACAAGCGCGCUGGACAUGAUCAACCGCCGAACGUGCAGCUAGUCCUAGCCAAGCAGCCGAAGCAGCAGCAGCAGCAGCAGCAAGAGAGGAAGAAGGAGGAAGGAGAGGAGGAGGGAGGUCGAUCAAGGUCGCCAGCAAUCAUCGAUCAACAACAUGGCGACAAGAUGAAUGGACGUCGCGUACAGACGCGACAGACUGCUGAGCGCACAAGAGAGGAGUGGCUGAAACAGAACGGCUUUCUCAUGGACUGCACGAGAUUGUGAGAGCUGACUGACAUCUGCUUGCAACCGGAAGCUUCAUAAAACUAAAUGAGAAGAAGAUUGCAUUCUAGAUUGUUUUUCUUGCUGCAUAGUGGGUAAUAGCCUACUUCCGGGUAUGCUACCCGCUAUGCUGUUGGAUGUGUUGUCAUCGUCGUCGUUGCUAUCGUCAUCGUCGACGUCGUCUUUGCUGUUAUUUAUAGCAUCUCAGUAUGCUCCACGUCUGUGUACGUUAAGUGGUGUAGCAUGUUCUUACUUUACUCAGGCCCAACGACUACAGCUACGAGUGAAUUGGUCGUUGACAACUCGUCUCUUAUUGUGUGCUAUUCUUUUCCAGGAUGUGUUUCCAUGUACCUGUUUAGCUUGCUGACAAUGAAUGACCAUGUUUUCGUCAUUCUUACGGAGCCUGUUUGUAAAUGAAAAGCGGAAACCUUGCGCUUUCAUACUCACUGGGAAGACCCGAAUUAUAUCGUGUUGAUGUGUGUUAUAUCGCACCCAGUUCCCCUUCGGUUCUGCCUUUACCUUAGCCACGAGCGGGUGGUGGGCGUCUGCUUCUCUCGCAGGCAACCUCCGUACAUAUGGCAGCAACCCUUUUGCAUUUCUGCCCUAUAAUGAUAUGCCGCUCUAUCUGAUGCUCUAGCUGCUAUAGGGUCCGAAGCUCUCUCCAUGUGCCUUCACGAGUUCGCUGGUGAGG